UUUAUUUAUAUUUGUGUGUGGAGAAGAUGAUGGUGCCGUUGAGGUGUUUGUGCCUUCCUGUCCCUCCCUCUCCUUCCAACCAUUUCCUCCUCUCUCUCACCUUUGCCUUCCCUCAUACCCUCCUCAUAAUCUCCGGUCUCUGAACAAAUCUUAUUCAUAUUUCUGUCAUAUAUUUUACAGAUUGAAAUGCCCAUCUACGAUUGAAUAAUCCAUAGUCCUGAGACUGCCUUUCUUGAUAGUUGAUUCUGGGUUUCUGUUUCCAGUUUAUCUCCCUUCACAGCUUUUUUUUGUGUACCGUGAGGAGGAUUCUUGGAGAACAUGAGGAGGGUUAGAGGAGCCGCCGCUGUUAAACAGAUGGCGGCGGUUGAACUUGAUGGAUCCGGUUCAAGGGCGGUUUUAAAAGAGCCAAGGUACCGGGGCGUGAGGAAGAGACCGUGGGGCAGAUUCGCCGCCGAGAUCAGAGACCCCUUGAAGAAAGCUCGUGUCUGGUUAGGAACUUUUGACUCCGCCGAGGAAGCGGCUCGAGCUUACGACGCCGCGGCGAUAGCCCUCCGUGGACCCAAGGCCAAGACCAAUUUUCCUAUCUCUCCUUCUUUCUCGCCGUUCUGUUACCCCACCACCAACCCCAACGUCAACGAGGACGUCUUGGAUCACCGGUUGUUUGGGAACAGCGCUUUCCAGGAGCACCAGAUUAACCCUCAGAGACCAGCCACCAGUAGCAUGAGCAGCACAUCCUUCAGCGGGCCACGGCCACCGUCCACGACGGCUCCGGCAGCAGUCAACCGUAGAUACCCCCGGACGCCGCCGGUCAUGCCAGAGGACUGCCACAGCGACUGCGAUUCCUCGUCGUCAGUGAUCGACGGGGACGGCGGCGGUGAGGUAGCCGAUUUCGCCUCGUCGUCGUUCCGCCAACCGUUGCCUUUCGAUCUCAACUUCCCACCGUGGGAUGCGGCUAACGUGGCGGGUGACGAUCUUCACUGUACCGCGCUCUGCCUCUGAUCUUGAAUCAAGGAAAAUGAAUCUUAAUUUUUUUUUUUUACUUUACCCUUCUAUUUUUGUUCCCUUAUUUUACGCGGAAAAAUCACCAAAAAAAAAAGAAGAAAAUGAAAAGAUGAUGAUCAGAUAUGAGAUUAUGAUGGUAUGAUCUUGAUUCUGUGAGUGUAAUCUUCUGCCAUGGUGUUCCAGUAGGGGUAUUGAUCAAUGCUCUUCCCCUUUUCUAUUCAAAAGAGGAAAAAUUUGAAAAAAGAAAAAGAUAUCACGAUCUGUUUGUUACUCAAGAAUUUAAUGGAUUAGGGUUUGUAGUAUCCAAUGUGGGUGUUCAUCCCCAUUUUCUGCAGGUUCUUGUCUCUGUCAGUGUGUAUAUAUAAAUACUAGUUGAGAAAUUUGACAUUAGCUCUUCCUCA